CACGCUGGUGGGUAGAAGGAACAAACUUCCCGGUGGGUAACGCGGCUUUGGAAGGCGGGCUUUCUCGCGAUGGGCAAACGCAGCAGCCGCAGCCAGAGCCAGCUGCUCAGCACCCUGACCAAGAAGCAGAAGAAGCAUCUUCGGGAUUUCGGCGAGGAGCAUCCCUUCUAUGACAGGGUUUCCAGCAAGGAAGCGAAACCGCAGAUUUGUCAACUGUCAGAGAGCUCAGAUACAUCAAACUCUGAAAGUGAAGCAGAGAGUGAACCAGAACAAGUUUCUGGGUACCACAAACUACUCGCCACAUUAAAGAAUGUUUCUGAGGAAGAUGAGGAGGAGGAGGAGGAGGAAGAAGAAGAGGAAGAAGACGAUGACGGAGACGACGACGGAGAUGACGCUCUAGCUGAGGCAGAAAUGAACAGCGACAGUGAUGUCAGUGUGGAGGAGGAGACGGCAGCAGAGUCUUCUGGGAUGCCGGAGAGUAACGUCUUACCUGCUGACCCCAAGGAAAAAGAUGGGGACGAGGCACCCGGCACAUCACAGCAAGAGUCGCCGGAGGAGUUUACAGACACAAAACAUGAGUCACUUUUCAGCCUGGAAACCAAUUUUCUCGAAGAGGAAAGUGGAGGCCACUGUCCUCUGAAAGCAUCACAAGACCCGUUUCUACAACAUGUAAACGCGGAGCUGAAAGAAAAGGAAAUUCAGGCCGUUGCCACAAAUCCCAAAACUACCCACGAGCUAAAAUGGCCCACUCUGGGUCAGCUUGUCUUUUCAUCCAAGUUUCAGAAGUUGGAAACAUUUAAACCCCCAAAGGACCUUGACCUAAAGGCACUUUAUCUCCAGAAGCCCCUGGAAUCCACCUGGACCAAGACCAACAGCCAGUUUCUCUCUGGUCCCCAGAAAUCAAGUAGCCCCUUCACACCGCUCCAGAAAGAGCUCUUCUUGAUUAUGAAUUCUUACCAGGACUUGUUCUACCCAGAAAGGACCGCCCUGAAGAACGGGGAGGAGAUCCGCCACGUGUACUGCCUGCACGCAAUAAAUCACGUCCUCAAAGCCAACGCCCAGGUGCUUGGCAACAACAGCAGGCGCCGGAGCCAGAAACGUGGGGUGGGCGACGAUGACGACUUCAGGGACCAGGGGCUGACGAGGCCCAAGGUGCUGAUAGUGGUGCCGUUCCGGGAAGCUGCUUUGCGGGUGGUCCAGCUCUUCAUCAGCCUCCUUGAGGGCGACAGCAAGAAGAAAAUAAUUGUGAGCAACAAGAAGAGGUUUAACGGAGAGUAUGGCUCCGAUCCCGAGGAGAGACCUCCCAACCUGAAGAGGCCUGAGGAUUACGAAGCCGUAUUUGUUGGCAACAUCGAUGACCACUUUAGGAUCGGAGUGGCAAUACUUCAGAGAAGCAUCCGGCUCUAUGCCCCCUUUUACUCCUCGGACAUCCUCAUUGCCUCCCCUCUGGGCUUGAGGACCAUCAUUGGCGCAGAAGGGGAGAAGAAGAGGGAUUUCGACUUUUUGUCUUCUAUUGAGCUUCUCAUCAUUGAUCAAGCUGACAUUUACCUGAUGCAGAACUGGGAGCAUGUCCUGCAUUUGAUGAACCACAUGAACCUGCUGCCCUUGGACUCACAUGGGGUGGACUUCUCUCGAGUGCGGAUGUGGAGCCUCAAUAAUUGGUCCAAGUACUAUCGCCAGACACUGCUGUUCGGGGCCCUGCAGGACGCCCAGAUCAACUCCGUGUUCAACAAGUACUGUGUCAAUGUGCAAGGCCAGGUGGCUGUGAGGAACGCCCCGCUGACAGGCGCCAUCAGUCACGUGCUGGUGCAGCUCCCGCACGUCUUCCAGAGGAUGGAAGCCGAAAACCUAGCUUCCGUGAUUGACGCCAGGUUUAACUUCUUCGUGAACAAGAUUUUGCCUCAGUAUCGUGAUGCAGUCAUGUCUCACACGCUCAUCUAUGUCCCCUCCUACUUUGACUUUGUGCGUCUCCGAAAUUACUUCAAGAAGGAGGACCUGAACUUCACGCACAUCUGCGAGUACACCCAGAAGUCCGCUGUCUCCAGGGCCAGGCACUUCUUCCUGCACGGGGAGAAGCAGUUUCUGCUCCUCACAGAGCGCUUCCACUUCUACAAAAGGUACACUAUAAAAGGCAUCAGGAACCUGAUUUUCUAUGAGCUGCCAACAUAUCCCCACUUCUACAGCGAAGUCUGCAACAUGCUGAGAGCCGCCACCAGAGGAGAGGAAGCCGCCUGGACCUGCACUGUCCUCUACUCCAAGUACGAUGCCCAGCGGCUGGCUGCGGUGGUCGGCGUGGAGCGGGCCGCGCAGAUGCUGCAGUCCACGAAGAACGUCCACCUCUUCAUCACUGGAGAAAGAUGAGAAUUUGUUGAGCAGGACAUGGUAUUUGGCGUGACACCUGGGCUUGAUUCUGUGCCACGUGGACCGGAUUCUGAUCACUUCUACGGGACAAGGACUGCCAUAAGGAAGGAGCACCCAGCAGCAUCAUGUCUGAGACUUCUUUUCAGGUCACGUGUCCCCGAAAAGUUCAACGUAAACCAAAUGUUAGUAACUCCCAUCUUCAGGAGGAAACCAAUGGGAGGGACUCUUAGAAGUUGAUAAAGCAGACUUUUACUUGUGAAUAUUUUUUUAAGCCAUAAAUUCUUUUAUUGUGAUUUUACCUCUAAUUUAUUACACUUGGUAAAUUUGUUCAGAUUUGCCUAUUUCUGUUUGGUAUUUUCUUAAAGUAAGGCAUACGUGUCAUUGCUUGUGAGAACUGGUGAUGAGAAAUUGGAAGACUUCUCGCUGCUGAAUAUCAUCUUAAUUUUGGAUUGCACAGGUUUUGUAGAACUGUUAUUUUUCCCCAACCAAACUUAAAAAACUGUAAAUAUUCGAUUUUAAUUCAACCUAGAAGAGUGCAUUUAUUCACUGAUUUUUUAAAGUCACAGUAGUAAAUAUUUUAGUUAAAAUAUACACUAAAAAUACUAUAUAAAAUAAUUUCUAUUUUGUUUCAAGAAAUAAUUUUAUAAAACUCUUGAUGUUGAAAUAUCCAUGUUCAACCUCAUCAUCUUCAUCGUUAUUCUAGUCAUUCUUUAAGUCGUAUAACAGAUAAAAAGGAAGUGGUACUUUUUGAAAUAUUUUUAAACAAAAGUACAGAACCAGAACCAUUUGAAAGUAAGUUGCUGACUUGAUGGGCCUCUCACUCCUUAAAAACCACCGAAGGACAUUUUUCUAUGGAACCACAAAACAACCAUCAAAUCAGGAAGUUGCAAUUAGUAUCUUGCCAUCUAAUCUUUGGACCCAUUCAGAUUUUACCAAAUGUCCCAAUAAUGACCUUCAUAGGGAAAGGGUGCGGUCAGAAUUACACGCUGCUUUUACUUACCCUGUCUCUGGAUGUCCUUCAUUCUGGAAUAGGACCUCAGCUCUUCACUGGCUUUCUUGACCUUGACCCUUUUGAAGAUCACAGGCCAGUUAUUUGGAGUGUUUCCUUGUGAUUGGGUUAACUUACGCAUCUUUGGCAGGAACAGCUCAGGAGCAAUGCUGUGUGCCCACUGCUCUCUUGGGAGUCCCAUCCCUGCGGACGCUGCCUGACCGCUUGUUUCCGGUAGCGUUUGCAGGUUUUCCGCUGUAGAAUCACUUUCCCCCUUUCCUUACAAAUUUGUAUCCGUACGGACUUGUAGUUUCAUCUGUCAUUCAUUGGGUUGUGAUCCGCUACUAUCCUUAUUUCUUUAGAUGUUUCAGUGUCUCAGGUAGGACGAGCGGGAGCACCUUCAAGCCGACUCCUGUGACUUUUUGACUCGCCCUCCGUAUACUUGGACAUUUCUUUACUUUCUGGCACAGUAAGACAUUCCACGCUCGUCUUGUAUUUUUCCUACUCCAGCCCUACAGUAGAAAAUUAUUUUCAAGCUAGGAUUUGAGGGCUAAGUGUGCUCAACACUCUUGUGGAGCCACUGGUCCCAGGCCAUCUCAGUGGAGUUUGGGAAUAUUUACUUGUGUGUACAUGUAUAUUAUUUAUUUCUGUUUCUAUAUAUUAAAAUCAUGAAUUCAUAUCCUCCUCCGAUUCCAGUCUGACACCACAGGGUUCCUCUUAGUUUUCUCCCUUUUCGUAUCUGUAACUCCCUCCUCAGAGAGUGGCAUAUGUGGCUCCCAUUUUCCUCAGUGGAACAACCCUUAAUUGGUACAAAAUUUCUUCUUGGACACACUUAAAACUGCUUAUUAAAAAAAAG